AUGCAUUGUAUCACCACAGUAUGCUUUUCAGUUCUGAUCAAUGGCUCUCCUGCUGGAUUUUUCAAAGCUCAAAGAGGGUUAAGACAAAGUGAUCCCUUGUCCCCCUUUUUGUUCAUUUUGGCAAUGGAAGGUUUAAACGGUAUGGUGAAAAAAGCAAAGCACAUUGGCUGGAUUAACGGUUUUGAAAUGGAAAGGAGGGACAAUAGUAGCAUGGAGAUCACACACUUACAGUAUGCCGAUGACACUCUAAUUUUUUGCGAUGCAAAUAUGGAUCAACUGAAGUAUCUGAGGGUGAUUCUGGUUUUAUUUGAAUGUUUGUCUGGUAUGCAUAUUUAUUGGAGGAAAAGCUCACUGUAUCCAAUUGAUGAUGUCAAUGCUAUGGAGUUUCUAGCCUCAAUAUUGGGAGGAGAAGUAGGGUCCUUACCAUUUGUAUAUCUUGGUAUGCCUUUAGUGGCUAAAUCAAAUUCCAAUGAAAUUUGGAAUGGUGUCAUUGAGAAGUGUGAGAAGAAAUUAUCCAGAUGGAAGUCUCAAUACUUGUCACUAGGUGGAAGAGUCAUACUCAUCAACUCUGUGUUAGAUGACCUCCCCUCUUACAUGAUGUCCUUAUUUCCAAUCCCUACAAGUGUUAUCAAAAGAUUAGACAACAUCAGAAGUUCAUUCUUGUGGCAAGGAAAUAAGGAGAAGAAAGGGUUUAUUUGGUGA